GAGAGAGAGAGAGAGAGAGAGAGAGAGAGAGAGAGAGAGAGAGGGGAGGGUAGAGAGACGAUGGGAACCAGAAGAAAAAUACAGUGCGCCCUCAGUCCGCGGGAGCGAGCGCACAGUGUGACGGCAUGACUCUCUCCACUGCCCCGCCCCUCCGAAGAGGAAGCACGCCUCUGCCAAUCAAGCACCAGCUCCGGAGAGAGGAGGCGGUCUCGGACGACUCCGAUUGGGUGCCGGGCCUGGAGGAGCCGCCCUGUCCUCCAAUCAGCUUCAGCUGUGCUCAGGAGGAGCGGGGCGCACAGCCGCGGGAUGGCCGGCAGGGGGCGCCACUGCGCAUCGUGCUUCUGGGACAGAACGGAGUGGGGAAGUCCUGCAUCGCCAUGGCGUUGGCUGGGGACAUGGACCAAUCGCAGUCAGUGGACUCAGAGCUGAGCGCUGAGGGGUACCUUCGCACAGUAACAGUGGACGAUGAAGAGAGCUCCAUCAUCAUCUUCGACAACUGGAGACAGGACCUCUCGGCGCUGCAGUGUGAGGUGUGUGUGCUGGUGUUCUCGCUGACGGACAGGCGGAGCUUCCACCGCACAGCUCAGCUCCGCCUCCUCCUGCGAGAGACGCAGCCUCAAACUCCCAUCAUCCUCGUGGGCAACAAGAGCGACCUCGUCCGGACCAGGGAGGUCAGCGCAGAGGAGGCCCUCUCCAGUGCAGGGCUGUUUGGCUCGUACCUGGAGCUCUCUGCCUCCCUGGAGCACGGCACCGCAGAGCUCCUGCAGGGGGCGGUACGGGCGGGCAGGGGCCAGUCCCCGGGGCCCGGCGGGGCCCCCGCGGGCCGCAGGGAGAGCCUGACCUCCAGGGCCAAGCGCUUCCUGCACAGCCUGGUCCCGCGACACCCCCGGGAGAGGGAGCGGGGCCGCGCCGGCAGGGUGUACCGCCAGAAAUCCCGGUCCUGCCACGACCUGACCGCCCUCUGA